AUGUCGCUUCCGUGCUAUGAAGACUUCAGUGGACUAACAGUUGACGGGAGACCGGCCUCCCGUACGAUUUGGAGAGGUCCCAUGGAGUUUUCUCCAGACCAGAAACGCCAUGAGCUUCCAGAACUGGAUUUUGGUCCUGUGUUGGCUUUGCAGUCAUCCCUCGAAGGGAUCGGCACAGAGACCGGCAACAUUGGAUUCGCACGGAAGCCGAAACCGCUGGUGUAUAGAGCCUGUCCGAAAGGGAUUGCCUUGGAGGUACGAUCGCCGUUACCAGCAAGAGAGUUACCACCCAGCCCUUCGUCCACUCGUCCGGCCAAGGGACAACUCAACAUACCAAUACUCCGAGGGUUUCCUGGCAGAGAGAUUCUCGGCGCUGUGACAGAUGGAGGCCAAUGGGCUGCCGACUUUGAAAAAUCAAAGUCCCCUGGUUUGCCUCACGAUCCGGGUCUGUCAGAGACGAUCUUCCAUCAGCAUCCUCUGGCGAAGGAGAUGGGCUUAUCCAUUGAACACCAAGCACUUCUGGGGUUGAUUAUCCCAGAGGAAAAGACGACUAGGAACAGGACUGAUGACUAUGAGACUGAUGAAGAAAACUCGGAACACGAAAGACAGGCCUUGGACCAGAUUCAAGGAACAGUAUCGGCUAUCGCCAUCCGUUCUCUUGGGAAGAAAGUCAAGUCUUUAACCAAGAUGAAAAGCGCCUCCAAGUUACCGUACAGCAGUAGCAUGGCGACCAUGGCUGAGCUGCUGAUAGACUUUCCACCACCUCCUCCUAUACCGAGCGAUCAACGUGCCGGCUUCCUUCGUGCGGCCAAGUCAGCAUCCUCGCUACAAUCAAAACAGGCAGCCCCGAGUGCUACAACCUUAAGAUCCAAGCGUAGCACAGGCAUAGACAAAUCUCUCAUCUCGCAACCAAUACAGCCCCGCGAAGAACCAAGGUUGACCAGGUCUGAGACUACCCUGACAGGAUUUCAAAAAUCAUCGUCGUCACUCAGUCUGCCCCCUGUAAAUCUGCUCAUCUCGGCAGCCUCAGCAGACUUGGGAGCGCUUUCGAGACAACACCUAUCAUCGCCUAUCAUGCCACAAGCUCUUGGCUUGAAGGAGUUUAGGGCCGCGAAAGAAGUGACUUAUCGCUUGGCACGACCGCGCCUGUCGCCGAUGGAGUAUGCACGCAGGUUCCUCAUCGAGCAGGCAAAGGCUGCCCGUGAAGGGCGAGAUUGCAAUAUCGUACGACCGGAACUCACCAGUUUCUUCACAAAGAACCACGAAAGAUUCAUUCUUAUUCCAAAGAUUCCUGCUUCUGCGAUGUACCUCACUCCUCAGACCCCUUUCCCUCAAAGCUCCAUUCAAAAACCCAAACUCAAUCUCAGGCCUCUUGCCAAGCCUGUGGUGAAGGGCCCGAGGACCCGCGCCCGCAAUCCGGGCCGCUCAAAGCUCAACAUAAUCACGUCAGCGGUUUCCGACGACGAACCAGAGAAGGAAGAAACCCAAGACGCCUGCGAAAUAUCUGUCAAUCCCAGCAAACCUGACGGGAGGCCUCAGGAAGAGCUGUGCACAACCCAAAUCCUAGCACCUGAGAAGCACAGUUCUCUCACCGACUCACUACUCCGGACACUGCGACCGACUAGCCCUACUUUAUCUGCUGGUCACCAUCUAUCAGAUCAAACCCACUUUGUUGACAUCACGGCAGUACCAGCGCCACUUAGGUUACUAGGACCGAAGCGCAUCAAUCCGUUGCCGAGGGACAUUCAAGCGCUCUCCCCAGCCAUACGCGAAGACGUAUCCAGAGACUCCGAUGCUGUUUCGACGGGUUCUCACGACAGUGCUGUGACAAUAUUGCGCAACGGAAAGCCGAUUUGUCUCAGAAACGCUGCGUUUCCAGUUGAACAACCAAAGGAAAGAGGAACUACCCUCACCGGCACCAUGGCAGAACCCGAAGAAAAGGGUUGCAGCGACGGCCACCAGACCAAGGAGGGCAAUAGCGAAAACACUGACUUCCCUGAGGAGGCCGUCAGACAACUCGCGCCGGACGCUAGCCCUAUAACCCCAGCAGUAUCCUCGGAUAUGGAUCAGCCGCCUAGUCUGAUCAUUCCACCCGCCCUACAACAAUAUUUUGAUGAACUUACUAAAAAGCACGAGUCUUCGAAAGACAAGGCUCAAUCCCCUACACCAUCCGCCAAGUCCAGGGACAUUACUUCUGUGGAGGAUAGCACAGUGGAAAAAGACGUACUCAUCUCAGAUGAAGGCAAGACCGCGUCAGCUGCAACAGACAUUCAGUCACACAGCGAUCAAGUCAAGCCUUCAGCGGGUGCCUCGUCCAGCACAUCAAAUCACGGUGCGAAACCCCGCAAAUCUCAACCCACUCGUCCUGUGCGUUUCCCCAAGAUAAACGUGGCGGAUUGGGGACCUCCGCCAACACCCCCUCCGAACAAGCCAUUGCCGCCCCUGCCAAACCGACCACCAAACCCGCCGCUUCAUGGCCUCUCCCUUCGACUCCUUUGGCCAACUCUUCCCACACAUAGGAAGCCAAUGGCAGCUGUAGCACAAGCCUCAUCCGUAUCUCCAGUCAUACCAGAACAGGCACUCGUCAAGUCGCUGUCCGAGGCACCCCUCCGACAGCCCUCGCCUCGCAACCAGACUCAAAUUACGGACUUCUUCCAGAGUGCAGGAGAGGUGAGAGGAAAGAGACACAGAGUUGAUGCCAGGUUCGUCAACAGGACAGAAUUUCAAGAUCCCAGUCCACCAUCCAUAGUGCAAGACUUGCAGAGGAACAACAAGCUGGAGGAUGCUGCCAGGGCCCAGGUCAAGGAACGAACUGGCGGCGGACACACUAUCCAAAGUCUCGCAACCCCAGUUCAGGUUCAGACCAACAAAAGUUCCGAAGACGAAGACGAGGAGGAAGAGGACUCUAUCAUGGUUAACAUUGCGCCUGAGUUGGCAGAGAUUCCAAGAUUCCUAGCAGAAUCGACUGGUCACAUCAUGCCAGGCAACCCCUCAAUCUCCUCUGAGAAGACUCAGAAGGCCACAGGCCGUUCAGAAACGGCGCCGAAGAUUCCUCUCCGUGGGCAGUCGGCAGCAGCUCUUCAGGGGAUAGCUCACCAGGACAGCCAUGGAGGGAAACCAUAUGAGCAGAGCCCUGCCCUUCGUUCCGUCAAAUCUCACGGCCCCUCGGCUCUGAACUCUCUACCGAAGCCAGAGGCCUCUAAUGAACCGGCGGUUGGAAGCGCGCAGCUGAACACCGAGGAUAAACGAUCAGCACAAGUACUGGGUGCCAACAAAUCUCGCACUUCGGAGAAAACUAAGGCUGCUACCUCCAAAACUACUGGGGAGGAUGAAUACGUUGUGGCGAAAAAGCAAGUCAAAAUGCGCCUUCUCGAGAUGAAGUCUCUUGCAGACUUCCGAAGUCGACGAACAGGCGAGGGCGGAGCAACUGCCUCCAGCUCCGAGAAUGCUGCUCAGGACCAUGUGAGAAGCUCCUCGGGUCGCAACAGGAUCGCCAGCGCUGAGGCUUCUGUGCGUAGAAACGAGGACUCUAUGGGGAGUUCCUCGGAGGAGGCCCAAACCCGGACUCACGCUCGAUCGAGACGGUUUUUCGGCAUGUUCAGGAAGGACAAGCGGAGUGAUGAGAAGUGA